AACGAAUUUUUAUUGAAUUCUGCAAUUUAUCGCCACAAAAUUAAAAAUUACAAUUACGAUUGAAAUGAUCAAAUUUAGAUAUUAUCAUUUUCAGCUUCCCGGAUCAGAAAGAUGUUUCGUUUUCUGUAAAACUGCUGAUCUUAGGUGGGAUAGAACCGUCGGUUCCGGAAAAGUACCUAAGUGUUAAACUCGAACGAUUCCUUUUAUAAUUUGCUCUAUAGCUUCAUGGCUUUUGGUUAUUCUUUGGUCAUUCAUUAAUGGAAAAACUGCUUUUGCCCGGGUGAACAACACCAUCCUGCCGGUCCGAACAACCGGACACCCUUGAGAGUUAUCAGCUGCUGCCUGUUGUUGGGCUUGCCCGGAAGACCCAAUAACACCGCAUCGGUUUCCGGUUUAUUCAUUUUUGGCAAAAGUAGCAUCAGCAUUACAGCUAGCUACAGCUGUGAAACUAAAAGACAAUACUGAAAUAAAUUAACUUGAUUAAUUCCGGAUUGAUGACAUGAAUUAAAAUUUUCUCACCGUUUUCAGUCGCAAACAACAACACCAUAUAAAAUCACCAACAAACAAAAAUUACGUUUUUGGGGCAUCAAGUUCAAGCUAUGAACUUUAUUUUGGACACCCCAAAAUCAAGAAAGCCGACUGAACUUCGUUUUGGUGUGGUGGCGUUCUCAAUUUUGGGUUAUUUAUGUUCUGCGUGUAAAGCUUUGACGCGUGAAGAACGAUAAAAAAUAAAUAAAAGUACAUGCAUAGCAGGAAUUCAAAAAAAAUUUAGUCACUUUUACCAUUGUAAUGUGCUAUCGAAAAAGCUUGAUCUAUUAAAUAUUUACGACAACAUGUUCGACAUUCAUGAACGCUGUGGAAUAUGUCUGAAAGUGCUUACAGACGAUCCCGUCGAUUCGACGACAACAAUAUCCGCUGAGCAGCUGAUUCCAGGAUCUGAUGGACAAAACUAUCAAGAAAUACACAACGACCUGGUAUCUCCGUGUGUUAAGGUAUUGCAAGCCCAAUUACCAAUAAACUACUUCUGCUCCACUUGUUGUUCCAAACUAGAGGAUGCAUACUGGUUUCGAAAUCAAUGUGUUGAAAUAUUGAAGUUUGUGGAAGCUGUUAGAGCGACCAGUGAAUCCGGUUGUCGGAAUGUGUUGGAGAGUACGUUGCAAAACAAACGAUUGUUGAUGCAUUUGCAACGGCUUGGAAUUAUAAGCUCCGUAGAACUUAAUAAUGAUCAAGUUCUACUUGAAAUUGGAUUCGGUUCAGAUGACCAGAAAAUUGACAUUCUCAUCAAUGAAGUCAAAUCCGAACAAUGUUCAGACACGGAAAUCGACACCAAACUAGAAGACUUUUCUAAUCGUGAUGGGUCUCUGGGCGAUCAAGAAGAUCAUGAAAUGUUCAGUUAUCACUCGGAGGACAACAGUCAAACUAAAAACGGUGCAAAUGCAACAACCAAACAAUGUAGAAAAUUAAGAAGACAAAGGCCCAUGCGGGGUCCUCCCGUUUGUCCAUUCACUGACUGUCGAGAAGCGUUAGGAGAUCUGACAUACGGUGAACACUUAGAAGAGUUUCAUCGCCAUGUUUGCAAACGAUGUGGCCUUAUCUUGGCCUCAAAACUCAACAUCACGAGACAUGUUGAACUGCAUAAUGAUCUAUCAGUAAAGUGCACGUAUUGCGAUGCAAUGUUCGUCAGUGUCCCUAGAAUGCGAACUCAUGCGAGGAUGGCCCAUCGUAUGGCAGCAGAUACCUACAAGUGCGAGGACUGUGAUAAAAAAUUGGGCAGUCGAACACUUUUAAACAAACAUCGGCAAAGUGCUCACUUUCCAAAAGAAUGUGACAUUUGUAAGACAAAAGUCGAGAGUCAUCCAAAAUUACAAACGCAUUUUAAAUACUAUCACAGUGAGAUGCUGUUAGAAUGUAGUCACUGUGACAAAAAAUACAUCAGACAGCAGGACCUCGAUUAUCAUUUGUUACAUCAUAUGGAUAAUCCCACAGAUGAUACAAAAAAGUACUUUUUGGUAACCCUUCGAAAAGUUAAUCUUUCAUCCUGUGAUCAAUGCGAAAAACAAUUCAUAUCUGAUAAACAUCUCGAGUCUCACCUAUCGGAGCACAUUCGUGGAGUUCCACAACGGAAAUACACAAAACGUUCGAAAGAAGACCUAGAAAAAUUGGAACUCAAAUUUCAGUGCGAUCAAUGCGACGCUCGUUACCGAAUUCAAGCUUCUUUAGAGGCGCACAUCAAAACUCAUUCGAAAUCUAGUAUCUGCUAUAAAUGUGAAGGCGUUUUCGAUAGUGAAACGGCUCUUAGUCUUCAUAUUGCUAAUGAACAUUCUGCUGAAGCUGAAACUUUGGAUGAAAAUAAUCAGCAGGAAGCAUUAGAAAGGAAGCCAUCAGGACAACGGCCUUCUCGAGGGCCUACUGUUUGUCCUAUAAGUGAUUGUCUCCAGACGCUGGAGAACCAGACAUACGCUGACCACCUGGAGGAGCGCCAUCGAUAUACUUGCAAGCAUUGCGGGAUAGUAAUGGCUAUAAAGCUCAAUAUGACUAGGCACGUUGAAAUUCACAACAAUCCAACUGUUAAGUGUACAUUUUGCGAAUCAAAGUUCGUGAGUGUUACAAGAAUGCGUACCCAUGCCCGGAGUGUCCACCAAAUGGCGUCCAACAGCUAUGAAUGUGAUGAAUGUGAUAAGAAAUUCGAAGGGAAAAGACUUUUGAACGAUCAUCGACAAGCUACACAUUUUCCUAAACAGUGCAACAUCUGCGAGAGUACGGUAGAAAGUCACCCGAAACUGAUGGCCCAUUUUAAAGCACGACACAGUCAGCUGCUUUUAGAAUGCAAUCAUUGUGAUAAAAAGUAUAUACGGCAGAGGGAUCUCGAUUACCACAUGUUACAACACAUGGAAACACCUACCGAUGAUGACAAGGAUUUUUAUCAGAUAACUGUUGAAAAGGUCACCCUCUCGUCUUGCAAUCAAUGCGAAAGGCAAUUCAUUUCUGCAGAGCAUCUUCAAGCGCAUAUUAUUGACCACAAAACAGCCCCCAUAUCUCGCCGCUAUAACCGACGUUCGAAAGAAGACCUGGCAAAACUAGAGUUGAAGUAUGAGUGUAACAUUUGUAAGGCUCGCUACCGCCUUCCGGGUUCGUUGGAUGCGCAUAUCAGAACCCACAUGGAAAGCUACAUCUGUGACGAAUGCGGAGCCAUCUUUAAAACCAAAACCUAUCUGAAGUUGCACGUGACCAACAAACAUUCGCGGGAUUUCCGCUUCAGUUGCGAGUUCUGCCAGAAGGCAUUCUCCACUCGAACCAAUCUGGAUAGGCAUCGGCGGGUGCAUACUGGGGAACGUCCCUAUCCCUGCGACUUAUGCGAGGCCCGGUUCAAAACCCAUGACGGCUACCGGAAGCAUAUGCGUAGACACACGGGCGAGAGACCAUUCCAGUGUGAGCUAUGUCCGAAGACUUUUCUGUGCCAAAGCAGCUUCAAGAAUCACCGACUGGUACACUCCGGGGCGAUGGCAUUUGCCUGCUUCUACUGCGAUCAACGGUUCAAUGUGUCAAAAAACCGGAAGCGGCACAUCGAGCGAAUACAUCCGGGGCUGCCAACCAAGCAGCAAGACGUGGCUAAAGUUUAGAGAUUUUUGUUGGAAAAUUCAAAUAAAAAGCUUCGUGAUAUCAAACAAUGUCUGGCAGCACUGUUUGAGCGUUACUAUGGUGUUAUAGAAAAGGCCUUCACUGUAAAUUUCAGUUUAUUUUUUCGUAAAAUUUUCAAAUUCACUACCGCAGACUUCCACGUUGCUUGCCUUUCGUUUGAUGUUUGAUUGCGGAGUAAUUUGUGUUUCAUUCCGAUUUCCCCGUAGAAACCUAUCCGAAGCCUUCGCCGUGGGUGCGUUUAAUUAAUCUAAACAGUGCGUUCGAGCAUUCAAAUUACAUCGGCUACGCGAAUCGAUUGGUGCAAAGGUGAGUCCAUUUAUGUUUCACUUAUGCUUGGAAAGAAUGACCGCAAUGUUUCGGGGAAAAAUGCAAUAAAUUAAUGUUUCGGGAACUAAACGGCAACGGCUGCACUAUUUUGAUUUCAGAUCGCCCAUGCACUAUUGUCUUAUAUUCCAGGGUUUGAGACAAGAUUUUCAUUAUGGGGUCACUAAAUCCACUCGCUUGUUUUUACAGUUGGGACGCAAAGCUAACUUAAAACCACAAAUUUAACAUUGAAGCUUUUAUUGUUUGAUAAGAGGUUAACAUAUAAUUAAAAUAUAUAUUGCUAUACAUUUUUUUAAAUAGUAUCAUCGAAAAAGCUGUUCAACAUUGCUGUAACAUCAGUGGGGCGAUAUUUAACAUACUUCUCUGGAUUUUUACUGAAUUGAACUUCGGAAUAUCUGAAAAACACAAGUAUAAAUCAGUAUUUCAUAAAUUAAAUCCAACGAAACAUGGUGCAACUUACAUUUCAAAGAACGAAUUGUAUUGAGGCACAAUGUGCUCAGCGUUGUCCCGCUUUAUACCCUCCCUGAGCAAAACAUCCGGUACGGAAAUAGCUCGCUGAGUUCGAACUGCAUCGUCCAGUUCCUUGUUGAACGAAGAAAACCGCUCCUUGAUCAAGGCUCGUUCUUUAUCUUUGACCCGGCCACCUGGUCCCGUUCGAGGGGCAUCUUCCAGGGGUGCAAUGCUGGAUAUUAAUUUAGACCAGGAGCUGAGAUAAGCUUUUUUCAAAUCUUGAAUCAUUUUCUGAUAGCGCUUCUCACAAUCGUGUUCGGUUAAUGAGACUAUGUCGAUCAGGUUUGAACGUUGCAACGAUUUAAGGAUGUAGUGGGUGUUGUUGAGUUUGAAAAGCUGUUUUGUGGCCAAAUCUCCGUAUUGUUCAGACUUGGUUGCGAUCGUGUAGUUGAGUUCGGCCAAGACCUUCCGCACGUAUAUUCCAAGCAAUGCCUUGUUCUUCUGCUCUACCGAUACAGUUUUGUGUGAAGCAAUUCUGUCCAAGUCAUUGGUAUAGACUGAAUCAGUUUGAAGUAUGGAACCGAUGGUAUCGCAGUGCUCUUGAAGUUGUUCCAAAAACCAAAUAGUAUUUGAAGUAAGUUCGUAAACAGUGGCGUCUUUAGGAACGCUUGAUCCUCCCCCAUAGCUUAUUGUACUGGAGCUCAUGCUAACCAUUCCACCACCUCCAUCAUUUUUGACCGAGUCUAUGAACUGUUCCAGUGCUUUGGAUCCGGUCUGCUGAAGUUUACUGAGCACACUACCCAGCUGUUGCCUUUGCGCCGUGUCACAAAUCUUAUCGAUGUCCGGUUGUAAUAUCUGGACAUGUUUCAAUGCGGAAAAUAUUCCUAAAGCAGCUGACCAUUCCUUUCGACCAAUGCUUCUCAACACCCUUCCGGUAAUAGCCUCAGCAUCCCGCACAACCAUCUCAAUCGAAGGUUGCGAUAGUCGCGAAAAAACUUCAUUGUGCCGCGAAGACGGAAUUAUAUCGUUUAAAAGCUGACGCUCCCAGACCAGCAGCUUCUGUAAUCCCAGCAGUAGCACCAAAUACUUUUCCAGCUCUUGGUCAUUGUUCUCGUUGCCGUACUCUUCGGCAGCCAAAAUAUCUCCAAAGGAAGAAUUUUUGCGCAUUGCUAGCCCUGUAGAUUGCCCCAGUUGCGAGGCUUUCAUUAGCAUUUUGUUGGCUUUGCGUUCGAAGCUGAAAUAAAAAAAAAAUACGUUAUCGUCAGGAACAUCCAAGAACAAAAUCGAACUCACAUUUGUUGUAACCGGGCCGAGGUCGACUUCUUCACGCCGGCAUCCGAAGGUCUACCGUAGUAGCGCGACUUAAGCGGCUCGUUGCCCCAGCUUCCACUUUUCUGGUGGUCUUUAAGGUUCUGUAACGACCUCGUGAUCACCUCCGAACGUUCAUCCCCGUAAAUUUGAACGUACUCCCGUCGCAGGUUGUUGUCCAGCCACUUGGAAAUCACGUUCAACUCUUCCCGAGUCGUGGUGGGCAGUUGCUUAAUCGACGGACAAUCUUCGUUGGACGAAUCUUCCUCGAUAUAAAUCAGAUCCAACAGAUCCACCGGCCGCAUGGGGGUGCUGUGCUUUUUAAGCAGCGAUUUCAAAUGAUUAUUGAGCGUUUCGCAACCAUUAUUGAACAGACUGGUCACAUUUUCCAGCUCCACGCUCUGCGGGUUGUUGUUCAGGAAAUAGUCUUUAGCUUUUUUAAGUUUGUUGAGCCCGUCUAGAAAGCCACUGACGUUACCUUCGGACGGGCCUUGGUGGAUCAAGUUGCACACAUCCUGAGAGGCAUCAUAAUGGGACAGAACCUGCUCCAUACAGUUCAGAGUUGAAUCCAGGUCUGAAACAAAAAUGUACCGUUAUUUGGUGUUUGAACUUUGCAUAAAUUCAAUAUGCAAGAUAGUUUCUUACUUUGCUGUUGCUUUUGUAGAUUCUUGGUUACAUUGUAAACGGGUAGAAUGGUUUGCUCAAGCUUUCCUAAACGUUGCUCGAACGAAUUCAGAAUUUUGGACAUCGACUGAGUCAGCUCCGAAUAUUUCUCCACUCGAUCCU